UUACUCGGCACAUUCAUUGUUCACACUCGAAGUCACGGGAUCAUAUUAGCAGUGGAAUUUCGUGACGGACGUAACGUAAGAACCUACGGGAUCUAAUAUUCCAGCAGGCCGCCACAGUGAACAGUUAUACCAGGCAGGAAUCAGUCGGCCACAUCGUUUGCAGUUGAACAGACGAGUCCAAGAAUAGUGUAGUAAACCGGAAGUAAACAUGGCAUCCCGUGGGGCGUUACUGGCCUCGCUGCUACUCGUGGCGUUGGCCUUCUCCAGCAUCCAGGCCACCGAUGUGCCUGUUUUCGUGUGGGGAAAACAAUCAGUUACCUAUGUUCCAGCGCUGGCUAAAUACACAAAUUCCGAGUUCUCCGCCCUGAUUGACUCGCAGGUUAGCCAGGGAACAUUCACCGUCGUUUUUGCCGAAGAAAAAUUAUCGACGGAGGAUUUCACCCAGUGCAGACUGAAAACCCAGACCUGCUUCCGCAAUCUGGCCAAGGUGGAACGCAAGACCUAUCUCCCGAACGUGGAAGAGCCCUUAGCAGUCUUCGAGGACGCAUCAAGUGACAUCCAAAGUGUCCAGCUGUCGGACGAUGGAACACUCAGCGAACGAAUUGUUCCAAAAGGUGGCUCUGUUGUUAUCGUUAAUCUCAGCGGUGAUGAUUUUUCGUCACAUGAUGCGAUCAUCGGUAGCUUAUAUAACAGACUACGCGCGGAGUUUCCCGACAUCCUAGCCAUCUACACCGGCAAAACUCCUUCGUUCCGUUACACCUCGCUGGUCCGACAUCGGCGCCAAGCGACCCCCGAAGAAACUGAUGCCCCACCUGCUCACACCUUCACAGUUGGAAACGUUUUCAUUGUCGCUUACGAUAAGUUCCUGGCUACAGGCAACGAGGGCGCAAUGACUGAAUUUACCUUUUCUUCAGUGGCAAAGAAUGCUGAAAAUUCAACGGGAGAUAAUUUGCAAAUUGACUUCUCAGGAACAGGCGCAGAGUUGAAAAUGUUUUUCCAGCUGUCUGGAGGAUCGUGGACCAUAGUUGGAAUUAACUACCAAAACGAAGAAUACUAUGUGCGCCCAACCGUGAGCGUCAAUCAAAUUCUCUCUUUCCACUGUAAUCUACUGGAGUAUACCACCCGCGAUAUGAAGAAAAAUAUUGCCUUUGAACAGAUUCAGUUGCAGCCAAACUGGCCAGCAACAGAAAACGAAGUGUUCAAUCGAUUUGGCGAUGCCUGGUACUGCGUCGGUUUCACAACGCCAGGAAUUUUGUCGGGCCUGUUUUUGGUGCUGAUUUUCAUCUCCAUUGCCGCCCUCGGCAUCACCUGGAUGAUGGAUAUGCGCACCAUGGAUCGUUUCGAUGAUCCGAAGGGCAAAACCAUCACGGUAUCGUCCACCGAAUAGGGAGAGAACAGCAAGCAGCGGUGAAGCACAUUGAUACUGCACAAUCGCCAAACCAGUAACCUAUCCUAAAAAGUCUUCAGUGGUUCGUUAAAAUGUUGUAGUUACUGGAAAUACAGAAAAUGCAUCUUAA